UACAAUCGGCAUCAGGACAGAUCUGCUGCCACCUCGGCGGUACAAUGGGGUGGGUGCAUCGCAACCGUUUUGAACCAAGUGGCGCACAGGGCUAAGGAAGCUGGCAGAGACCCCACGGGUUUAGGACGAUGGGCCUAUGUCCGUCUCCAAGGAAGGAAGUUGAAAGCCCAUGGGGGUAAUGUUCAGGACUCUUUGGUUGAGGUAAAUGACUUUGUUCGUGGUCCGAUCUCCAAGGACUUAGUGGUUGUCUCCGCGUAUCGUCCCAACAAGCAAGGCCUCGGUGGAUCUACAGUAUGGGCACAACACAGGCUUCACUUUCACGCAGUGAAUCGAAAAGUUAAUCCACGGAAAGCCUUUGUGGACGAUCUUUGCAAACAGAUCACCAAAUGGCGUGAUGAAGGAUGUGAGGUGGUUUUGGGUAUAGAUGCAAAUGAGGAUGUCACUGUUAACGCACCCCAGUCUAUCCGCCACCGCUUCCGGGCCUGCGGUCUUGAGGAGGCGAUCCUAAAACACCAUCCACCGCAAGCGACCCACCAGCGCAACCAACGGAACAUUCCGAUUGAUGGUAUCUUCACCACUUCGGGCGUACCAAUCCUUGCGGGUGGGUACUAUGCCUUUGACGAAUUCUUCGAUUGCGAUCAUCGCGGAUUGUGGAUUGACAUUGAUCUUUCCGCCUCCUUGGGCAACUUCCAACCUCAGAAAUCCAACUUCAAGCCACGGAAGUUGUCCCUUCAAGACUCUCGAUCUGUCCGCAAAUAUCUUCAAUUGGUUCACAAAGGUUAUGCCAAGUACUCCAUCCCGGAGAGAUUGAAUAAGCUGAAUAAGCGUAUUGACCACCUGGGACACCAGAUGACCCCUCCCUUGGUGCGCAAAUACAAUUGUUUACACAGACAAAUGUAUACUGUGAGGCGCCAGGCGGAAGAGAAGUGCCGGGCCUUAGCUCCAGGUAAAGUUCCCUGGUCACCAAAAAUGCAGGGAUUCUGGGAUCGUAUGAGCCUGUGGAAGCUUCUGUUGAAAGGCAAGAAAGGUUGCCGUGUCAGUUCGCGCAAAGUUCGCCGGUUGAUGAAGAAAACAGCGUUGCCACAAGCUUGGAGGAAGUCAGAGGGUGAUCUGGAGGACUGCCUGAAGCAAGAGCGCGCCUUGUACAAGCAGGCCAAACACACCUACGCAGCUCGAUGGAGGAAAGACUUCUUGACAGUCCAAACCAAGGACGCAAAGAAGCAUCAGUGGAAGUCUUGGAAGGCCCGUGAUAGAUUCUUUCGGUUACGACGAAUGAAGCAAAGAGAGGAGGCGAGACGCCGUCGUCGCGCCCAGAGCAAAGGAUCUACAGGGGGACUUCAGGCUAUUCAAAUUGAAGCACACUUACCAGAUGGCACUACCAGUCUCCGGACCAUCACUGACCGCCGCCUUGUAGAAGAUGGAUGCAUGCGAGAAAACACGGCACGCUAUGAUCAAACACGAGCGCCGUAUACCACUCCACCUAUGGCCGAACCGUUGUAUAGCGAAUUUACCGGUGACAACGCUGAAAUAAAUUCUCUGGCAUUGUUAGAAGGCUGUUACACAUUACCUGAUCUGUUGGACCCAGCUACGGCUUCUUUCUUAUCUCACUGCCGGUUUCACAAAGGGCACUCUCCAGUUCACUUGCAAGUCUCCAAGGACGAUCACUCCUCAGCUCUACUAGCAGUGCAGCCGCCACCAUCAGCACCGCCAAACACCCACAAGAAGAGUUCACGCUGA